AUGGAGAACAACGGAGAUUUCCAGGAGAUCCCCGAAAAGAGGAAAAAGAGAAAAAUCGCCGAUCUGGAAACGCCCAAUUUAGGCAGCGCCAAUGUGGGUGCUAAUUCGAGUGCCACAGUUUGUACCAAUUCGAGUACCACAGUUUGUACCAAUCCAAACUUGGGUGCUGCGGACCAACCCAGAAACAAAAAGAAAAUCAUAAAACUGAAGAAUAGGAAGAUAGAGGACCUGUUCAUCAUAAGGAACUUCCUUCCCAUAUGCGAAGAAUUUCUCGUAAAGAAUCACGAGAGUAUUUUUUCAAGCUUGCUGCCAAAACAGGGUGAGGAAAAGAACAAGACCAAAGGAAAAGGGAAAUCGUUACAGGCAAUUACGAAGGGGAAACCCGGACAUGAUGAAUUCGAAUUAGACAGGAAGGAGGUUCAGCUGGAACAAAACAGAGAUCAUAAGGGAGGGGGGAUCAAGGAGGAGGAACGAGUUAGGAGAAAGGCGAAAAGGGAGAAGAAAAGCGAAAGUGUUGAAGAAUUGGGAGCGGGAAGCGAAGGAGAGGACGACUUGGGGAAGGGAAGCGAAGGAGGGGACGACUUGGGGAAGGGAAGCGAAAGCGUAGACGACUGGGGGGAUGGCCCCACGGUGGACAGCGAAAAGGGGUCUGCCACGAACGGGUUGGCGCCGAACCGAUCCCACUCCAGCCGGUCCAACUGCAAGCGGUCCAACUGCGAGCGGUCCAACUCCAAUCGAUCCCACUCCAACCGCUCCCUCUCCAACCGCUCCCACUCCAGCCUCUACAGAACCAAGCACCACAGAACCAACCUCUACCGAAACUACGUGAAACAUACGAAGCAGUGCCUCCGAGAAAUGGACCUGCCCUUCGACAGAGCAGUCCUCCUGAACAUAGUAGACAAAAAAGACAACACAAACAAAAUAAUGAAAAUAGUAAAUAAAAAAAAAGUAAUCUGUGCAUUUGGAGAUACAUGGGAAUACAUGAUUGAACACAUCAUAUCACUAAAGGAACACAAAAAUUUGAUGAAGAUAUACGACAUAUACGAUGAUGAUAAAAAUUUCUAUAUGAUCAUGGAAAAGCUACAUGGUAAGGAACUGUUCAGUUUUUUAGUUUACAAAAAGCAGGUCAAGGAGAGUGUGUGCAAAUAUAUACUUAGCCAGAUAUUCCAGGCAGUUAAUUACCUGCACCACCAUAAUAUUAUCCACAGGGAUAUAAAACCGGAGAAUCUCAUGUUUAGAAAUAAGAAGAGGAAGGACAAAACGUAUGAGUAUAACUAUGAGUUAGUUUUAAUCGAUUUUGAUACGUGUCAGUUUGUUUAUCCCCCCACCUUGGGUCACCUCCCUGGGAAGAAACACAUGAAGCUUGUGGGAACAUACGGGUACAUUGCUCCUGAAAUAAUUAAAGGAUAUAAUUACUCCAUAUUGUCAGAUAUGUGGUCCAUAGGAAUUAUUUUUUAUAUUUUGAUGACGGGCAUUACCCCCUUGCCCAUGUGUCUAAUGGUGAACUACAAGAACACCAAGGAUAUUAUUUUGAAGAAGGAAAAGAAAGGAAUUAAUUUCAGCUUGCUGUCCUUUAAUAGCUACCCCUUGGCAAGGGAUCUAUGUGAAAAACUAUUGCAGUUUGACCCCGCUGAACGCAUGCCAAACUCUGUGAUUGCAUCGCAUCAUCCAUGGUUAAGAUACUUCAAUAUGCUGGGAAGAAACAUCCACCUCUGUGCAUCUGAGAGAGAGUACCUAUCACCUUCUCACCUGAGUCAGAUCCCAUUUCAUGACGCACCUUACUUGAAGAAUAAAAGACCUCGCUAUGAGGACAGGAACUGCCAUGUCAUCCUCCCAUACCAUAUGAACCAACAAGUAUACCAGAAGGAAGACCCUCAUCCCUUUCUGUCUCUCACCAAUGAGCAAAGAUACUACUACUUCAUCAACCAAGGGAUAAGAAAUUACUACCCUUUGGGGAAUGACAUCCUCCCCUAUCCAGGAUUGUCUACGUCCCUCGAGAGGUUCCCAUAUCUGCGAGGGGGCAACCUCAAUGGCGACACGCUACCUGUUUGUGGAGAGAAGUUAAUUGCCACGCCGUACUCUGUGGAAAAAAAAAACUUUGAGGGAAAAACCCUUCCGGUGAAUUAUUACCAGGACAGGGACAGCAAACACACCCCGAGGAUAUCCCACCAAUUUAACAGGAGGUUCAAUGACAGUGAUGGUGGCUACUCACCCCCCGGUGAGGGAAUGGCAUCCCUUCGACACGUACAAAAGAUGAGAAGGGGAGAGGAAGAACAGGAGGACAACGAAGAGGAAGCGGAGGAUGAUGCUGAUGCUGAUGAAAAUGCGAUGAGUGCACAAAGGAGACGACCUUUUCGCAGAAAAACGGGAAAUAUUUUGACAAGCGCGAACGGGAGAGUCAGUGGUGCGGCUCUCCACGAAAGUGAAAAUGGAAACUAUGGCAACUCUCACCCAUAUAUUCUCACAUCACAAAAUCUUCACAGUCGUGAUAAUGAUCACCCCCUCGCUGGAAACCUUGAUCCCAUUUCCAUCCACCCGAACGAUGAAGCCACCCCAGACUGCAACAACUUUGUUGACCUCUUCGAACAUUUAAUCGAAAACAAAAAAAGAAAAAUCACCAUGACAGGGAAGCCAUUCGAUCAGCUCCCUCCAAUUGAGAAUCCUUUUUCCAUGUACUACGUAGCGAAUGAUGAACAAAUGGAUGGAACAAACGAAGAGAUGAUAGAGAGACUGUUCAAAGGAAAGGAAUACACCACCACGAAACAGAAAAAUAUGGAAUACAUACGAACGGAAAAUAUGUCGGAACUCUUUCCCUGCUCUCCUCCCAUGUGCGUAAUCCCGCAGAAUGAUCCUAUGAAGACUAUUCAGAUUGACCAGGAGUAUAAAAGGGCAUACGAUUUUGCUCCACCUAGACACGUUCACUUACCAAAUAGUCACCUCGCCCUUUCACACAGAGGAGGGACACCCAAUGUCAUCCUCCUUCCACAGCAGCUGUCGCCCUCUCUUCUCCCCCUUGUAUAUCACCACUCCAACGAACUACCAAACAGUAUUGUGUUAAAUGAUAAGGGCCACCUAACAAACGGCAGUGACGACAUCGUUGGAGUCAUCAACAGCGACAGACAUUCCAGCAUGUGUUAUGCGAAUGUGGCAACUAAUGCUUAUGACCCUUGCCAAGUAACGAACCUGUACGACACCUCCACCAGUUUGAAUGAAGCACAGGAGCAACAGCUGACUCUCCAGGAGGGGCACAAAAAUGGCAUGCAUAGUCAGCAGGAGGGGCAUAACGCCAAUUUGGCAAGAACAGGCAUCAGCAGUAAGGUCCCUCAGAGCGGCACCAGCAGUAAGGCCCCUCAGAGCGGCACCAGUAGUAAGAUCCCGCAGAGCGGCACCACCAGUAAGGUCCCUCAGAGCGGCACCACCAGUAAGGUCCCUCAGAACAGCGCUAGAAGUAUGCUCCCACAAAAUCGUAACAUGCCACCGAUAUAUGUCAACUAUCACAGGGCCUACAAAAAUAACAUCGAAAUGGUUCCUACGAUGUUCAGAAAAAAUUAA